AUGGCUGGUCAGCCCCACAAGCCCCAGCAGCUCCUUGGGGCUACAGGCACGUGAAGCAGGAGGCCAGGGGCAGACCCUGGACCGCUCUCCCAGUCCAGCCCCACCAUGGACUCUGCGUAUGAGAUGGGCCACAUUGGCGAGCUGCAGGCACAGCACGUUGCAGAUGCAGGAGAAGACUUCACCAAGUGGAUCAACAGUAUCUUCCAGCACAGCCGGUGAGUGGGCAUCAAGAUCCAGAACCUGUACACAGAACUGGCUGAUGGUACCCACCUGCUGCGGCUGCUGGAGCUCAUCUCGGGGGAGGUCCUGCCACCCCCCAGCCAGGGCCACAUGCGCAUACACUUCCUAGAGAACAGCACCCGAGCUCUGGCCUUCCUCAGGGCCAAGGUGCCAGUACCCCUCAUGGAGCCAGAGAACAUCGUGGAUGGAGACCAGAUGCUCAUCCUGGGACUCAUCUGGGUCAUCAUUCUGUGUUUCCAGAUUGCCCACAUCUCCCUGGACAGGGAGGAGUUUGGGGCCAGCACAGCCCUGCUGUCUGCCAAGGAGGCUCUGCUGCUCUGAUGCCAGCGGAAGAUGGCCGGCUACGCCAACGCCAACAUCACUGACUUCUCCCGCAGCUGGAGUGAUGGGCUCGGCUUCAGUGCCCUCAUCCACGCCCACAGGCCAGAUCUGCUUCACUACGGCUCCCUGCGUCCCGACCGCCCACUGCACCACCUCCGCUGUGCUUUCCGUGUGGCUGAGCAGGAGCUGGGCAUCGCUCAGCUGCUGGGCCCCGAGGACAUGGUGGCCCUACAGCCGGAUGAGCACUCCAUCAUGACUCACGUCUCCUUCUACCACCACUUCUCCCACCUGCACCAGGGGCAGACUGUGCAGAGGAGACUCGCGAAGAUCCUGCUUCAGCUCCAGGAGACAGAGGCGCUGCAGACCCAGUGUGAGCAGCUGGUGGCCGACCUCCUGUGGUGGAUCGCGGAGAAGCCGGUGCAGCCGGAGGCCCGGGAUUUCCCAGACACCCUGCCAGGCAUGCGCCAGCUGCUGGUGGCCUUUGCCUCCUUCCGCACCCAGGAGAAGCCACCGAGGCUGCAGCAGCGAGGGGCCACGGAGGCCCUGCUCUUCUGGCUGCAGAUGGCACUCUGAGCCCAGAAUCGCAGGCACUUCCUGCCGCACGAGGGCCUGGGCCCUGCAGAGCUGUCCCAGAGCUGGGCAGGCCUGGAGCAGGCAGAGGCCUCGUGGAGCCAGGCCCUACAGCGGAGGUUCCUGCAACUAGAGAGGUUGGAAACCCUGGGCCAGCGCUUCCAGCGUAAGGCAGCCCUCCAGGAGAGCUUUUUAACAGACACAGAGCAGGUGCUGGACCGGGCUGCAGCCCCGCCAGCCAGCCCGGCCACAGUGGAAGCGGCCACCCAGAGGCUGCACAUGCUGGAGGCCGGCUUCCUGCCCCAGGAGGGGUGCUUCCAGGCCCUGGCCAAGAUUGCAGACAUCCUCCAGCAGGAGCACUACCAUGGCUGGGCAGAGGUGGCCUGCAGGCAGUUGGAGAUCACUCAGUGCUGGGAGCGGCUCCUUCCGCGGCUGCAAGGGCAGAGGAAGCAGAUGGCAGGCAUGCAGGCUGUGCUGAGCCUGCUGCAGGAAGUAGAUGCCUCCAAGAAGCUCAACCAUCUGCAGGUGCUGGCCAGCUCCACGGCCUGUGGGCAGCAGCUGGCAGAGGUAGUGGAGCUGCUUCAGGGACAUGACCUGCUGGAGGCCCAGAUCUUGGCCCAUGGUGCCCACGUGAGCCAUCCUGCUCACCAGACAAUGGAGCUGGAUUCUUCCCUAGGCACUAGUGUGGAAGUGCUGCAGGCCAAGGCCAGGGUGCUGGCCCAGCUCCACCAGAGCCUGGUGUCUCUUGCCAGGUCCCGGCGGGCCUUGCUGGUGCAGACCCUGCAGCGGGCAGAGCUCCUGCACAACUGUGAGGAGGAGGAAGCCUGGUUGAGGGAGCGGGGACAGCUGGUGGAGGAUGCGGCCCUGGGCCCGGAUCUCAACCAGAUCGCUGCGGCCCUGCAGCAACACAAGGUGCCCACUACCCUGCACCCUGCCGGUUCCCCUCUCCCUGCCUUCCUGCCCUUCCCCUCACCCAGCUCCCUGCUCUGCUGUCUGCCAGGCCCUAGAAGCCGAGCUCCGCCCGCCACCAGGCCGUGUGCACUGAUCUCGUUCGGAGAGGACGCGACCUGGGCGCACGCAGGCCCCGAUCGCGACGGAUCCCCGGGAACGGGCCGCGGCGGUGCAGGGCGCGUGGCAGAGGCUCUGGGCCCGGGCGGCGGGGCGGGGCGCGCGGCUGCAGGCGGCCCUGCUCGUCCAUCAGGUAGCUGGGCGGCGGGUGGGGAUUGUGGGGUCGGCCCGUGCUCAGCCUGCCCUCCUCAGUACUUCGCCGACGUGGCGGAAGCAGCCUUGUGGCUCCGGGAGCGGCAGUCAGCGCCGGAGAGCAUGUCCUUUGGGAAGGACCAGGCGGCUGCUGAGGCCCUGCUGUGGCGCCACCUGCGGCUCGAGCGCGGCAGUGCGCGUCUUUGGGGCCGAGCUGCGGCGAUUGGACGAGCCCGCGCCGGCCGCAGCCCGGGGGCAUCGUCGCUCCUGCUCCUAGGUCAAGAAGAGGAGCAGGACCAGGAUAGCCCUCAGAACCUGUGCUCCCACAGGGACGCACUUCACCCAGCGCCCGGGAGAGACCCUGCAGCCCCUGCGCCAGACGAGCCCCGACACCUGGGAGCUGAAGGACCGAGGGUGCUGCCCGGCCAGGUGCCCAUCAGCCACAUCAUGGAACAAGAAUCCCAGGUGGUGUCUGCCCUGAGCUCUCCGAAAGAAGGCCCAAGAAACCCAGGGGCCCCGCGUGAGGUUUCCUGCUAUUCUGGCCCCCGGGGCACCCAGAAGAUGGCCCUCCCGGAUGAGCCUGACCCUGCCUUUGACCCCAACACCAUCCUCCAGACACAGGACCACUUGAGCCAGGACUGUGAGGGCCUGCGGACCCUGGCAGAGCACCGCAGGGCCCGGCUGGAGGAGGUGGUGGCCCUGUUUGGCUUCUAUGGCUCCUGUGGGGAGCUGCAGUCCUGGCUGGCAAACCAGACAGUGCCGUUCCGAACACUGCAGCCCCAGGACAACUUGGAGGUCAUGCAGCUCAAGUGUGAGAAAUUCCUCACUGCCCUGGCUGUGGGAAGAGGCCUCUGGGCGGAGGUUAGCAGCUCCGCUGAACAGCUGAAGCAGAGAUGUCCUGGAGAUUUCCCCAAAAUCCAGCGACAGCAGGAGGAACUGAGCUAGAGGUGGGAGCAGCUGGAGGCCCUGAAGAAAGAGAAGGAAACACAGCUGGCAUGCACCACACAUGUGUGCAGUUUUCUGCAGGAGUGUGGAACCACAUGGGUCCAGCUGCAAGACAUGAUACUCCAGCUGGAAACCCCAGAGCCGGGGCACUUAGAGGACAGCCACCGCGUCCUGCAAGUGAGCCAGCAGAAGAUGCUGGUGCGGGAGAGAGGCAAAGGGCAGCCAGCGAGUACGGCCUGGGUUCGGGUCGAGGAGCUGGGCCCCACAGAGAGCCAGUCCCUGCAGGGACAGGUGGAGACGCCGUAGGGGCUGCUGGAGCGAGUGCAGGAGCAAGUGACCUGAUGGGCCUGGGCCCAGGCCAAGGCGCAGCCCCGCCAGGGCUUCCUGCAGGGGAGCCGGUGUCUGCUGCAGGCAGGCGGUAUCUGGGCUCAGCUGCACAGCGAGGAAGAGGAGGUGGUGGACGUGGCCUCAGCCCAGCGGCUUCUGGCGGAGCACCAAGACCUGCUGCUGGAGGAGAUUCACCUGCAGCAGGAGAGGCUGCAGCAGCUGGAGGCUCAGGGCCAGCCCAUGGCAGCUUUGGACUCCCCGGACUCCCGAGGGGCGGCCAGUACCCUGAGGCUCCUGGGCCAGCAAGGCAGGAAGUUGAAGGCCACCUGGGAGCAAAGACAGCAGCGGCUGCAGGAGGGGUUGAAGUUGCAGAGGUUUGGUGGAGAAGUGGAUGUUUUCACUGCCACCUGUGCCAACCAUGAGACCUUCCUACAUCUGGACAGCCUCGUGGAAUGGAAGCAGGACGUGGCAGAGGUGAUGCUGUGGAUGGAGGAGAAGUGGCGGAUGCUGGCGGACGAGCCAUCCCAAGAGCCUGGCAACAUCCUGCAGAAACUCAGGUGGCACAAAACAGCUGAGCGUGAGCUGGUGGCCACCCAGGGGCACGUGGAGGGCCUGCAGCAGGUUGGGAGAGAGCUGUUGAGCAGCAGACCCCGUGCCCAGGAGGACGUGCAGGCCGGGCUUCAGGGCCUGAGCAGCAAGUGGGAAGAGUUGAACCGCCAAAUGGCAGAGCAUGGGAAGCAGCUCUGGCGGGCUCAGCAGCAGGACCAGCUCCUGGGACUGUUGCAGGAAGCCAAGGAGAAGAUGGAGCAGCUAGAGGGACCCCUGCAGAGUGCAGAAAUGGGGCAGGACCUGGGCUCAAGCUGGGGGCUGCAGAGACAGCACCGUCAGCUGGAGGCCGAGAGCCAGGCGCUGGCCGGCAAGAUGGCUGCCCUCGUUCCCCAGGCCCACCAGGUGGUCAAUACCCAUACCAUCGUGGAGGAGACCCAAAAGUACCUCCAGAGGUUCGAGUCCCUUCAGGGAUGUCUGGCCGCCCGGCGACUGCAGCUGCAGGCCUCCGUUGAGCUGUACCACUUCCACCACCUGAGCGACAUGGAGCUCACUUGGGUGGCAGAACACAUGCCUGCACCCAGCGCUGGCUCCGAGAAAUACUUGAAUGUCGCCCACAGUCUUCUCCGCAAGCACGAGGAGCUCCGCGCAGAGGUGAAAGCCCACCAGGGACAGGUGCGAAGGGUGCUGGGUUCCGGCCGCAGCCUUGCAGCCUCAGGGUGCCCCCAGGCCCAGCACAUCGUGGAGCAGUGCCAAAAGCUGGAAGGCAGCUGGGCGGAGCUGGAGCAGGCCUGUGAGGCGCGUUAGGACACAGAGGGCAUGGGGUCAGGGGAAGUAGCCAAAGUCGGGCAGCCUGUGCAAGUGAGGUCUUAUUUCCUGGACAUAUCAGAGCUGGAGGACUGGGUGGAGGAGAAGUGGCCUCUGGUGAGCAGUCAGGACUGUGGUGGGGACAAGACAGCCACGGUCAGGCUCAUCAAGAAGCACUAGGUAAGCUUUGCGUGCUGACGGGCCCUGCAACAGGAACUGGCUCCUUGGAGCUCCAUGGAGGAGCUUGACCAGAGAGCCCAAACCCUCACUGGCCCCGAGGCCCCUAUGCAGCUGGGCGUGGUGCAGGAGAGGCUCCGGGAGGGGCUGCGGGCACUGCAGGAGUUGGCAGCCACACGGGACCGGGAGCUGGAGGGGACCCUGAAGAUGCACGAGUUCAUGAGGGAGGCCGAGGACCUGCAGGGCUGGCUGGCUAGCCAGAAGCAGGCAGUCAGGGGAGGAGAGAGCCUUGGGGAGGAGGACGUUCUGCGCUUCUGCACCAAGUUUGCAAAGUUUCAGCACCAAGUAGAGAUGGGGGGGGGUCAACAGGUGGCAACCCGCCAGCAGCUGGCAGAGAGCCUGCUAGAAUGUGGGCACAGCGCUGCCCCUCAAGCCCGUCAGAUGCAGCAGGAUCUGCAGGCUGCCUGGUUGGAGCUGUGGGCGCUGACCCAGGCCCACGGCUGCCUGCUCCGAGACGCUGAGAUCACCCUCAAAGUUCACAGAGAUCUGUUGGAAGCCCUCACCCAGGUCCAGGAGAAAUCCACAGCCUCCCCAUGUGGUGUGGCCUGGGACCUGUGUGGGCUGGGGGCCCAGCUGAGGAGACACGAGGGGCUGGAGUGUGAACUCGUGGGCACUGAGCGCCAACUGCAGGAGCUGCUGGAGACUGGAGGAACAGUGCAGAAGCUGGGGCCCGGGCCUCAGGCCCAAGCGGUGCAGCAGAGGCAGCGGGCCCUGGUGCAGGCUCGGGAGGCCCUGAAGCUGCACGUGGAGCAACGCCGGGCCCAGCUGGAGCGGGCAUGGCUCCUGGCCCGCUUCCAUGCAGCGGUGAGGGCUCCUCCCUCCCCGGGCUCUGUGUGCGUGUGUGUGUUGUACCGUGAGUGUGCAUGCACUAAUGAGACCCUCCAACCCUGGAGGGAAGACGAGUGGGGACACGAGGAGGAAGAGCACUGGGCACGUGCAGGUGUCCGUCUGGCCAGGCAGAGGGCUGAGCGUGGGGGAUGCAGCGGUGACUCCUCAGGUUUGGGUCAACACCAGCCCAGCUCUCUGCUAGGAGCUCAGCUGCAGGUGGAGGAGAUCUCCCAGGAUCCCGGCAGUGGCCUGCUGAAGCUCAGCGCCCACCAAUAGCUUCGGGCAGUGCUGGAGGCCCAGGAGGAGCUGCACCAGCAGGCUGCCCCGGGGGGCCAGCAGGCACUUUUGGCUGCAGGGACAUCCAUCACGGAGGUCCAGGAAGGGCUGCAAGUCCUGCAGGACAAGCAGCAGCAGGUGUUCCAGUCCUGGGAGCAGAAACAGGAGAGGCUGCAGGCCAUGCACCGGGAGCAGCUCUUCCUCAGAAAGCGUGGCCGCCUGGACGAGACCCUCACAGCCCGGGAGGUCUUCCGGAGAACCAGUGCCCUGGGGAGCUCCGUGGAACAGGUGGAGCAGUUGAUUCGCAAGCAUGAGACAUUCCAGAAGGUGCUGACUGCCCAGGACGAGAAGAUGAAGAUGCUCGGGGGCCCCAGGGCGCAGGACCUGCUCUGCAGCUUGCUAGAGCGCCGGGCUCGGGUGGAGGAGCUGGCGGAGAGCCGGGGACACACCCUGCACGCCUCCCUGCUGAUGACGGCCCUCAUCAGGGCCGCCUUCCAGGCCGAGGACUGGAUCCAGGAGUGACUCCAGCAGCUGAAAGAACCAGUCCCUCCUGGGGACCUGAAAGAUAAGUUGAGGCACGUGCCGAAACACCAGACCUUCGAGGCUGAGGUCCAGGCCCAUGAGGAGAUCAUGACCUCUGUUGCCAAGGACACGGCGGAUGAUGCCCACAUCAGGAGCGUCAGUGACUUGUCCCUGCAGUCCAAGAACCAGGACCCUGAGCAACUCAACACCACCUGCCAACGGUGACAGCAGCUCAACAACAGGUGGAACAGUUUCCAUGGCAACCUGCUCUGCUGCCAGCGGCAGCUUGAAGGGGCCCUGGAGAUACACACGUUGUCCCCAAAGCUGGAUGACCUCACUCAGCAGAUCGGGGAGAAGGCCACCCUGGUCCAGGCCCUGGACUGUGGGAAAGAUCUGGAGAGCAUGCAGAGGCUGAGGCGGAAACACAAGGAGUUGGAGCAGGAAAUAGGCCUCGUCCAGGCCCAGGUGGAGCCUGUAGAGCAUGAGGUAGGCCGCUUCUGCCAGAGAAGCCCUGAGGCCGCCCACACCCGCCGCAAGCAGCAGGCAAUGAUGGGCAGCUGGUGGCAGCUCCGGAGUGGGGCCCAGAAGCGGAAGGAGUCGCUGGAUGCCUUGCACCAAGCUCAGAAGCGGCAGGCAACGCUGCAGGAACUGCUGAUCUGGGCCCAGAGGCUGCGAGCUGAGAUGGACGCCCAGAGCACCCCCAGCAGCCUCGUGGAUGUCCAGAGCAUGUUGGAGGAACGCCAGGAUCGCAAGGCCGAGCUGGAUGCCUGAACAGACAGCAUCAGCCUGGCCCAAAGCACUGGGCAAUGACUGCUUGCCGCCGGGCACCCAUCCACCCCCAACAUCCGCCAGGCCCCAGCUGGUUUAGACCAGGAGCUGAACAGCCUGGAAGGGGCCUGGCAGGAGCACCAGGUCCAGCUGCAUCAGGCCUUGGAGCUACAGCUGGCUCUGAGCUCUGUGGAGCAGGUGGAAAGUUGGCUCUGCAGCCUGGGAGCCUGCCCAGCCAGUGAGCGUCUCGGGGACUCCUUGCUUGACAUGGAAACAGUGCUGUGGAAGCAGAAGAUGCAUGAGCGAGACCUGGAGGCACAGGCGGAGAAGAUCAGCGCGCUGGAAGCCUCCACCCGCAGCCUGCAGCAGGGUGGACAGCCCGAGGCCCAGGGUGCCCUGGGCCGGUGCCGGGCCAUGCUCCUGAGGAAAGAGGCACUCCUGGAGCAAGCCAGGACCUGUCGCCACCAGCUGGAGGAGCUCGGGCAGCUGCAGCCUUUCCUGCAGGGUUCCUACGAGGUGGCCGCAUGGCUGAGGGAGAAGAACCUGGUGGUCCUGGAAGAGGGCUGGCAGGACCCAGCCGGGAGGCAGGCACAGUUGCGGCGGCCGCAGAUUCUCCAGGCGCAGGACAUGAGUGUACACCACCAGCAAAGGCUGCAGACGGAGGGGCAGAGGCUGCUGUGGGAUGGCCUCACAUCCUCAGAGACCAUGCAGGAGCGGCUGCAGGAGCUGAGAGAACUCUGGGAGGAGCUACAGGCCAACUGCCAGAGGAAGGCAGCCAAGCUACAGGAGGCCCGUGAGGCCCUGCGUCUCCGGCACAGUGUGGAGAACUGGCUGGAGCCCGUGGAGCUCAAACUGAGAGCCCCCAUCGGGGGCCCAGAGCAGCCUGGGCUGGACAAGCUCCUGGGGGCUCAGGAAGAGCUGGACAGGCAGGCCGGGCACGCACAGGCCUUUGUCCGGGAAGGCCACUGCCUGGCCCAAGAUGUGGAAGAGCAGGCCCAGCGGCUGCUUCAGCGGUUCGAGAGCCAGCGGGCGCCCCUGCGGGAGUGCAGGACAGCCCUGGAGGCCCGGAGCCGCCUCCUGCAGUCCUUCAAGGAGGCCGACGAGGAGAUGGCCUGGGUGCGGGAGAAGCUGUCCCUGACGGCCGCUCAGGACUGCGGCCAGAGCCCCAGCGCCCUGCAGCGCCUGCAGGAGAAGUGCCAGAACCUGGAGACUGAGAUGAGCAGCCCUGAGGCUCUGACCCAGGCGGCGGUGGGCACAGGGCGCGAGCUGGUGCAGGUUGGGCACUUUGCUGCCCGCGACGUGGCUGCCCGGGCGCGGCAGCUGGAGGAUGCCGUGGGCCGCCUGCAGGCAGAGGCUACGCAGAGGCGACAGCGGCUGCAGCAGGCUCAGGAGGCCCAGCAGUUCCUGAUGGAGCUCCCAGAGGCAGGAUCCUGGCUGGAAGAACGGGGCUGUGUUCAAGAACGGGACAUUGAAGAUAUGGGCCAGAGUGCCGAGGCCACGCAGGCCUUUCUGCGGUGGCUGGAGGCCACCAGGAGAGACCUGGAGGGGUUCAGCACACGCAUCGAGAGGCUGCAGCAGACAGCAGCCCUCCUCAAGAGCGGGCAGAACCCAGAAAUCCCCAAGUUGCUCGCCCUGAUGCUCGCAGUGAGGGACACCCACUUGGGGCUGUUGCAGAGAGCGGAGGGCAGGGGGCAAGGCCUUCGGGAGCAGCUGCAGCUCCACCAACUGGAGCGGGAAGCCCUGCUCCUGGACGCCUGGCUGGCCAGCAAGGUGGCCACUGCCGAGUCCCAGGACUACAGGCAGGACCUGGAGGCCAUCAAGGUGCUGGAAGAGAAGUUCGAUGCGUUCAGAAAGGAAGUCCAGAGCCUGGGACAGGCCAAUGUGCAGGCCCUGCGGAAGCAGGCAGGCUCCUUGGAAUGGGCAGCACCCAGGUGCUCUCCCCAGAUUCAAGGGCAGCGGAGUCACAUCGAGGCCAUUUGGGAGAGACUGGACCGGGCAGUGAAAACCCGCACACAGGAAGUGGCCCGGAAGGUUACACCUCCAGGGAGAGAGGACCCUGGCCGGAGCAGGCCCGCCUUCCUCUCUCAGAACCUGGCCAUGGCCCGUGAGGUCUGCGGCUUUGAGCAGGUAGCAGCCGAGCUCCGGGGCUGGAUGCAGGAGAGGGCGGCCCCGGUGGCAAGAGAUGCCUGUGGCCGCCGCCCGGCACCGGUGCAGACCCUGCAGCAACAGCACAGAUGCCUGGAGGAGAGACUGGCAGCGAUGGAAAAGGAGGGGGCCCAGGUGCAGAUGGAGCCCUGCCAGCUGCUGGGCCAGCUACACCCUGUGGCUCAGGAGGGCCUGGCCAAGCAACUGGCUGAGGUGCAGGAGGCCUCCACCCUGAAUGCGAAGGUCCAGGAGCGGGGUCAGCAGCUGGAGGAGGCUGCCCAGGGCCACGCCUUCCUCGGACGCUGUCGGGAACUGCUAGCAUGGGCUCAGGAGAAGCAGGGGCUGGUGUCCUCAGAGGAGCUGGCUGGGGAUGUGUCUGGGACCGAGCGGCUCCUGGAGCUGCUGGAGGAGCUGGGGCAACAAAUCAAGGGGCACUGCCGUCAAGCCCAGGAUGUACAGCAGGAAGGGCAGCAGCCGGUAGACAAUGGCCGCUUCAUGUCCCUGGAGAUGACAGAGUGCCUGCAGGAGCUGGACGGUUGGCCGCGGGCACUCAGGGAGGCCUGGGCCCUGCACUGGGAGCGCUGUGAGGGGAGCUGGCGUCUGCAGAAGCUGCAGCAGUGGCUGGACCGGGCCGAGGCCUGGCUGGCGUGCCGGGAGGACCUCCUGCUGGACCCCAACUGCAGGCGCUCGGUGUCAGAUGUGGAGUGGCUGCUCCACAGACACCAGGAGUUAGAAAAGCUGCUGGCUGCCCAGGAGAAGUUUGCUUACUGCAGAGGAAGGCAGGGGUGGAACAGAAGCCACAGUCCAGUCCUUUCCCUGGGAGCCUCUGGAGACACACAGGCUUUGGCGAGGCUGGUGCAGCCUCACGCCUUCUCUCCACAGCCCGGCAUGAGCCCCAGGGACGGCUGCCCUGGGGCCUCGGGGGGCAGCUGCCCGAGCCUGCUCCAGGACGAGCGGAUGGCAGCCAAGAGACCGUUUGCAGCACCAUCUGAAGGGCAGGCUGAGAGCUGGCAUGGAGCCCCGAGCAGCGCGGCAGGCAGGCUCCAGGGGAAGCCUGGGGAACGGGACAGGCGCGAGGGGCAUUGAUUCCCUGGGCCCCAAGCUGCUGGCACUGGAUGCGUCCUUGGAAGUUUCACAUCUACUAUCUCCGUGCCUGAGAGGUAAGUGGGAGUUUUUUCCUCAAUUUAAGGCCCAGAGAGGGUAAGCAACUUGCCAGAGAUCACAUAGCUAAUUAGUAGAAGCGGAGCCAGGCUUGAUGCCCUGACAGCCUCCUGGUUCUGUUCACCCACUUUGGAGUCUGACUCCCCUGAGCCUUUCCCUCAAGGAUCUUCAUGGGCUUCCCCAUGCUCUGCUCUGCUAGUGAGGCCUUUUCUAACCUUGUAGUCUUCAAACAGCUCUGAACGCACCUCCCUUGGGGUGUCUUAUAGACAGUGGCCAAGCCCAGCUCUACUGCUAGGAGGAAUACACAGAAAGCACCCCUUAGACCAGAAAUCUUUCAUCAUUGUGGUCUGACAGGCUCCGUGUGGAGAGAGCGUUUAGGGGCCCCACCUGGGAGUCCCUCUGGGUUCCUGGCUCUGUUCCUUACACUGUGUCUGUUCCUCUGGGAUCUCCCUGAGGCUGUCCUUCCAGAAUCCCAAAGGGACCUGAGUUUCUCCAGGCUAAGCCUCCCUGAGCCCAUCGGCAUUGUCUUCCAGGAGGCCGGAUGCACUGGGGGAACCUGCCCCCGAGUGCUGGGCCUGGGCUGCCUCUCAGCGUGGGUAAGGCUUGGUGUGUGCAGAGUGGCCAGAAGCAGGUGCCUCUUAGACCGUUCGGGCCGCUAUAACAAAGAUACCACAGACUGGGUAGGACUUAAACAACAGACACUUACUUCUCACAGUUCUGGAGACUAGGAAGUCACCUCAAGGCCCCUCCUCUUAAUACCAUCAGCUCGGGGGUAGGAUUUCAAGCCAUGGCAAGGAGGAAGGAGCAGGCAUGGAGUCUGCUGCUGCAGAUGGCCAACUCCCGGGCCAGGCUGACCGCUGUUCCUCCUUGGCUCUGCAGCCCCCAGUCUGAGCCCAGAGCUCCGAGCCAGACCCUUGGGCUUCCCGGCUGAGCGCUCUGCUGAGAGGGUGCUCGGCCCAGCCGGUAGGGCACCUGGGUGUGUGGGCGGGAGUCCUGAGCCCCCAUGACUGGCACAGACGCUGCCCUCUUAGGCCCAAGGAAGGUCCUGGAACUCAAACUACACUGCUCAGGUGUGGGGCCACCCCCACCCUGUCACGGUCUCAGCAGUGACGACAGAGUCCAGACCUGAGGCUCCCUUUCCCCCCAGGUUCCCCGGCUGCCCCCACCCUCCUCGCCGAGGGAGACACGACUGCGCCGACAGCCACCCUUGGCCCGUGGGCUCCCGUAGAGGAAACUGCACGAGGCUCCCGCUGGCUGUCUUGCUCAGGCCAGACCCACGGUCUGGGCCCUGAAGCGAACCUGCAGGUGGCACCAAACCUCAGGGCUACAAGCGAGGACACCCUCAAGGGGACCAGGAGACCCAGCUAUCAGACCCUUGGGACCAACAUCUGGAAUAGACGGUUAGGAGACAGGCCCCACCAAGGUCCGAGCUUGCUGAAGUCACGCCAUUAGCACUGGUCUGUCUUUGGCGCAUCUGAUCCCAGGUCUGGCCCACCCCUAUCAAUCAGUCAUGGGACAGGAAGCAGCCCUUUGCCUGAGUCCCUGGGUGAGGAAGACAGGGGUGCUGGCUGUCACUGCCUGCAAGUCACCUGGGCAGGGCCAGGGCUGCAGCAGCAAGACCCACCCCACAGGCUAAACUGGCCACCUCUCUGCUUGGAGAGAGUGGGCCGGAGUGGAGUAGACACUGCCAUGAGCUCACAGCCUGCUCUUCAGGGGAAGCCCAAGCUGACUUGCCAGCUCUAUAAGGUGCCUGGGGAGAGGUUUUGUUUCCUAAACCAGUCCUUGCCCUGGGUAACCAAGAGGUGGGAUGACCUGUCCCUUCUCGGAAGCAAUGACAGUAAUCUCCGUAAUGCCUCACGUUUGUACGGGCCUCUGUAAUACAUAAAACGCUCUACUUUCACUCUGUACAGCUACUCAAGGUAGCAAGGAAGGGAAAGGACACGCAGGUCACGGGGUUUUGGGUGCGUACACAAAUCUGGCCCAGACUGCCCCACUUACCCCCGCUGCCACGUCAUGGAGACGAGGCCCCAGCCCGUUUAAAACCCUCAACCUACCCCAGGGUAGGUCCAUGGCAGGGGUGCUGGUGGCUUCAGUGCCACGUCUGGGUGGUGCUGGGCACCUUCGUGAGCCCCUCAGAGGGCUGGCAACCACAACUGGGCCGUCCAAACUGCCAGAGGCUCUGAACUUGGGGAUGAUGGUCUCCACCCCAACUCAACCGGAGCAGUAAGGCGGCCAAGAAGGGAGCCUGAAAAAGUCAGAGGCUGUGGGGCUGGGGCGUGGCAUCCUCCCGCGCAUCACUCGGCCCGGCGCUGCCUGCGCCGCCGCACGGCCUCACGCAGGGCCUCCAGCAGCUGCUCCUGGUUGUUGCAGAUGUUGUAAUGCGUCAGGCGGAGCAGCUUGUCCAUGUCCUCCCGGCUGUAAGUCACCUUCAUGUAGUGGUAGGGGGAGUCGGAUGAAGACAGGUUCACCUCCCCGGCCUCCUGCGCCUCGGCCGUCCGCCGGACCCCUGUGGAGAGAGUGCAGGCUGGCCAUGGGAGGCAACCUCACUGGGGAUGGAGGGCGGGUUUGGGGUCACCUGGGUGGAGGAUAGAGGAGGGCUCCAGAGGAUGGUGGCUCACCUGGGGCUGAGUACUCCCGGAAAGAGGCGUUGACCAGCGGGAAGUGCAGCACAGCAGGGGCAUCAGGGUGGGCAGGGUCCGAGAAGAGGUGGCACUCCCGGGGCUGGCACUGCUCCUCGGGGCUGGGUGAGAUGGACGGGAAUGGGAUGCCCUGCUCCUGGCAGAACCGAUCCAGGAUCUGCAGCUGCUGCAGGGUGGGCAGAAGAGGCAUCAGCGGGAUGGGCCCAUGGGCUCCCAGUGUCCUCCACGCUGGACUGACUGAACGUGGAGGUCUGCUAAGAUGCGGGACUGAGCGCCCAGAUGCCAAGCCAGACGCUAGUGGACCCAACAGGCCAGGCUUGGUCAAUGUUCUAAACCUGGCAGCCCUUCUUCUAUGGCAGCCCCUUUGGUGUCAACGGAGCCGGGCUGCUAACAACUCCCAGGUCCUGCAACUGGGAGACAAAAUCCUUCCCGGGACCAGCACAGAAACUCAAAGCAAGGAGUCCCAGGGGUUCAGGACCAAACAGGGUGCAGCUCCACCUUCAUCAGGGGCUCCUGAAAACCAUGAAGCCUCCAGUCACAAAGACGGGACACCCCGUUUCCUUCAAUCCAGCCUAAGCCAUGUCCCAUGACAGCCCCAUGCUCCCUUGGGCCCCAGCCACCUCCACAGGGGCCAGGCCUCAGGCCUGAAGACAGGGAUGCUCAGAGGACCCCUCUCCCCAGAGCCUGGCCUGGCAUUUGUCCACGGCCUGGCCCAAGGACAGAAGCCGCUAGAGAAGCAGGCCAGCCCUUCAAGGCCUGGGGCCUGGGCCCACCCCACCCGUGCACAUCUGGCUUUCUUCCUCUGGGUGACCAGUACCUGGGAUGUAGGGAAGACACGUCUCACCACCUGGUCAGAGGGCAGUGCCCUCAGAGGCACCUUUAGCUGCUCUUGGGGCUCAUCCUGCAGGAAGGAUGAAGAGGACCUAAGAAUCUCCACCCUUCCAUUCCAGCAAAGCCUCACCAAUUGCCCCAGGAGUGACAGAGAAGUAGCCGGAAGGGGGACAGGAGGCUGAGGUCAACCCCACACUUCCCAGGAUGCCUGACACUGCCAGGGAGUGAUGGGGAGGGGGCUCGGGGUGAGCAGAGGAACAGGCUGGCAGGAGGUGCCAAGGGAAGCAGGGUGGAGGGCUCUGCGGGCCUCAGCGCCCGGGACGUCCCAGUACCUGCAGGUGAACACUCAGCUCCUGCUCCCAGCAGGCCGGCCAAUGGAAGCGGAAGGAGCCGGCGCCCACGGAGGCCUCCUGCGGACCCUCACAGGACCCAGGAACCACGAGCUGAACUCUGCCCUCCGACCCUGGAAAGAGGAACCAGGGCAGAGAGGCUCGGAAUGGGAUCUCAGCCCACAGAGGCCCCUGUCUUGCCUAAGGGGCCUGGGGGACGGGGCACCUCCCCCCCCACUGAGAUGGAGGUCUGGCUCAGACCUAGGCUGGGAGAUGGAGUCCCACCACAGCCCCUCUGAGGACUAAAGGGAAAAGCCCCAGCAUGGAUUCAUCCCCUCACUCCUGCUCCUGGCUGAGAGCUGGGGGCAGCUAGUGCAAGGUUCCCUCCAGGGUCCCCUUAGAAAGGGGAAGACAAGGGCUGAGAGACGGCAGCUAUCCCAGUGGUUCGGGGACUCACCCUGCUGGCCCCCAGCCUUCUCCAGUCGAACACACAAGCAGGAGAGCUCCCGGGCCUAGGUCAUUAAGAGAGCCCCUCAGACUCGAGCCCCUCCCCUGCUGGAGAUGCCACCCUCCCGACACCCUGGUUCUUGCUCCUCAGCACCUUUUUACCUUGGCCCUGAGUCACCAAACAUUUGCUUGGGGUUGUAGCCUCUGGAACUAAAAUCCCAGCCGCUCCUGCCCCCUGCCCCCAGCAACAGCGCUACCCGACCCCCGUGGUGGGCCCAAGCUUCAGGCCCAGGGAGAAGGGUGAGCACAGGGCACGAGGGAGGGGUUCCAGACUCACCACCAGGAUGCCAUUACUGACGAGGCGCUCAGCACAGUCGGUCCUGGAAAGAGCCCCCAGUGACCCUUACCGAGAAUCCAGGUUCCCAUCCCCCAAGGAGGUCUGGGCUUUCCUCCUCCACCCCUGAUGCCUCCCAGGGAAGGGUGUCAGCUCUGGGUGCGCUGGGCUCUCUCCUUCCCAGAAGGAAUCACUCCCACCCGGGAAGUGCCCCAUGGCCCGACUUACAGAUUCUGCAGCCGAAAUUCAACUUCCAGCUGCUCCUUGCCCUGUAGAGAGAAAGAAGCAAGUUAGAAACAGUGAGGAGUACAUGUGUGUGUAGGCCCCAACCCAGACACCUGGGCAGCUGCGGUCCCAGUGGUGAGGAGAGCCACUGUCCACCUUCCCUGGACUGCUCCAAGAAAGCUGCCCUUGGCUCAGGGGACAAGACAGAGGGUCGGGGACAGGACCGCUCUUUGGUGGACAGUAGCUCCUCGCUGACAGAGGCCUCUGGGAUGCUAGGGAAGCCUGGACCACUCACUGGAGAAGAAAGCCAUGUACCUGACCACCCUCCAAAGCAUCCCCUCCCCACAGCUGAAGCCCUCCGCUGCCUGCACACAGCCUUGCCUGAGGGUUCAGUGAGAAGCUCUCACGCCGGGACUCCCCAGCCCGCAAAGUCCCCACGUCAAACAGCACCAACAACAGAGGGUCAUCCUUGGUCAGAAGGUCCUGGUCAAAGACUUUGAACUGCACGAUGUUCUGAAAGGGGAACAGAGUAAGGGGGCUGCAGGAAGAAGGGGUGGGACA